AUGGGAAAUCAAAAGGCUGCGAAGCCCGACGACAACCACGUCUCGGGUCAAUCCAACAAACCCCUCUCCCACCCAGCCCAUGCGCUGUCGUACCAGCUGCUUGCUGAAGAGCUCCAUGCUAACACCCUGAACGGUCUCUCCGCCGACGAGGCAAAAUCCCGUCUCGACGAGUUCGGCCACAAUGACCUUGGUGAAGCCGAGGGCGUUCAGCCCAUCAAGAUCAUCAUUGCCCAGAUUGCCAAUGCCAUGACCAUGGUCUUGAUCCUCGCCAUGGCUGUUAGUUUCGGCUUUGGCUCUUACAUCGAGGGUGGCGUCAUCACCUUUGUCAUUCUGCUCAACGUCAUCGUCGGCUUCUUCCAGGAGUAUUCUGCUGAGAAGACAAUGGACUCUCUCCGUUCCCUGAGCUCCCCCACCGCCAAAAUCGUCCGUGACGGCGAAUCCAUGGUCGUCCCUUCGAGUGAAAUCGUCCCUGGUGACAUUGUUGAAAUCAAGACGGGAGACACAAUCCCCGCAGACGUCAGACUGAUCGAGGCGGUCAACUUUGAGACCGACGAGGCUCUGUUGACCGGCGAAUCCCUCCCCGUGCGAAAGAACGAAGACUCCACCUUCCCCGAUAGUACCGGCCCCGGAGAUCGUCUCAAUGUCGCUUAUAGUUCAUCCAAUGUCACCAAGGGCCGCGCCAAAGGCAUCGUUUUUGCAACUGGUGUUUAUACCGAGAUCGGGGCUAUUGCGUCUGCCCUGCGCAAGAAGGACUCCAAGGUCCGGGAGGUCAAGCGCAAGCCUAAUGGCAAAGCGAAGCCUCACCGAUACCUUGAAGCCUAUACCCUGACUCUAACUGAUGCUAUCGGACGUUUUCUCGGCGUCAAUGUCGGCACCCCCUUACAGCAGAAGCUCUCAAAGCUUGCUAUGCUGCUGUUCGGCGUUGCCAUUGUCUGCGCCAUUAUUGUUCUUGGUGCGAACGAGUUCCAGGCUACCCAGGAGGUUAUCAUCUACGCUGUAGCAACCGGUCUAUCGAUGAUCCCGGCUAGUCUCGUCGUGGUGCUCACCAUCACUAUGGCUGCUGGAACCAAGCGUAUGGUAAAGAGAAACGUCAUCGUUCGCAACCUCAAGUCCCUCGAGGCUUUGGGUGCUGUCACGGACAUUUGCUCCGACAAGACCGGCACUCUGACCCAGGGCAAGAUGUUGGCCCGCGGUGCUUGGUUGCCUGCUAUGGGCACGUACACCGUUGAAAACACAUCGUCACCGAUGGACCCCACCACCGGUGAUAUCCGCUACGACGAGCGGUCUCCUAGACAUCUCAACUUCAAAAAGGGCGGUGACGCUUGUGGAACCAUCAUGAAGACCGACCAGCUGUUGCAGAAUAGCAGGUCAGCUCUCUCCGCUUUUCUCUAUGUGGCGUCCCUGGCCAAUCUUGCUACCAUCAACAAGAAAGAUGACCAAUGGCAUGCCCGAGGCGAUCCCACCGAAAUCGCCAUCCAGGUGUUUGCUUCCCGCUUCGACUGGAAUCGCCUCAAGUUUGUUAGUGGUAGCGACUCGCCCGAGUGGAGCGAAAUUGCCGAGCUCCCGUUCGACUCUGACGUCAAGCGUAUGUCCGUCAUCAUGAAGAACAACACAACAAAGGAGUACUUCGCCCUCACCAAGGGUGCCGUUGAGAGGGUGAUCCAGAUCUGUACCAAAUACGCCCCCAGAGAUGAUGAUGAUUUGGUGGAUAUUACUCCUGAGUUCCGUGAGGAGAUCCUCCGCAACAUGGAGGCUUUCGCAGGACUCGGACUGCGCGUCCUAGCAUUGGCUAGCAAGCCUUAUCAAGGCACAUUUAGCAAGGGCGAUGAAGUUGAGCGGGCAUCGGUCGAACGUGACCUGGUAUUUCGCGGUCUCGUUGGCUUGUACGAUCCUCCCCGCCCGGAAUCUGCCACCGCUGUCCGACAGUGUCAUGAAGCUGGCAUUUCGGUGCACAUGCUCACUGGCGACCACCCCGAGACUGCAAAGGCCAUCGCUGUUGAGGUCGGAAUUUUGCCUACUCGAAUGGAGCGCAUAGCAAGAAACGUUGCCGACGCCAUGGUAAUGACAGCUUCCUCGUUUGAUGCACUCAGGGAUGAUGAGGUUGACAAACUUCCCGUCUUGCCGCUUGUCAUUGCGAGAUGUGCCCCGAGCACCAAGGUCCGAAUGAUUGAGGCUCUUCAUCGUCGCAAGAAGUUUUGUGCCAUGACGGGUGACGGCGUCAACGACUCCCCGUCUCUCCGCCGUGCCGACGUUGGCAUUGCCAUGGGCCUUUCAGGAUCAGAUGUUGCAAAGGAUGCAUCCGAUAUCGUCUUGACGGACGAUAACUUCGCUUCUAUUGUUGCUGCUAUCGAAGAGGGCCGCCGCAUCUUUGACAAUAUUCAAAAGUUCGUGUUACAUGUCCUUGCCGAGAACAUUGCCCAAGCUGGGACAUUGCUUGUUGGGCUCACUUUCAAAGAUGGUCGAGGACUUUCAGUCUUCCCGCUUGCCCCUGUCGAAAUCGUCUGGAUCAUUAUGGCCACCUCUGGUAUGCCCGAUAUGGGUCUUGGCUUUGAGCGCGCUGUCCCUGACAUCAUGCGUCGCCCGCCUCAGUCUCUCAAGACGGGUAUUUUCACCAUGGAAUUUCUAGUCGAUAUGAUUUUCUACGGUCUAUGGAUCACCGCCCUUUGUCUUUCAAGCUUCUCGCUGGUUGUCUACGGUUUCGGAUCUGGUGAGCUCGGAGAGAGCUGCAACGAAAAGUACAAUGACACUUGCGAUACCGUCUUCCGCGCUCGCGCCACGACCUUUGCCUGCCUCACAUGGUUUGCACUCUUCUUGGCCUGGGAGUUGGUAGAUAUGCGUCGGUCAUUCUUCCGGAUGCAGCCAGGAUCCAAGAAGUAUUUCACCCAGUGGAUGAUUGACGUAUGGAGGAACAGGUUCCUUUUCUGGGCCAUCAUCAUCGGCUUUGCCACCCUGUUCCCACUACUUUACAUCCCGGUUAUCAACACUGUGGUCUUCAAGCACAAGGGCAUUUCGUGGGAAUGGGGAAUUGUGUUUAUUGCCGCGGGACUUUUCUUCGCUGGUGUCGAGUCCUGGAAAUGGGGCAAGCGCGUCUUCUUCAGGGCCCGCAACAGCAAGAAACUCGGGGUCGCGUGGAAAGACAUGGAUAUUGAGCAGAGAGUGUUUGGCGAGUAUUUGGGUUCCAGCGACGAUGAUCAUCACACCGAGAUUGGCGACGAUGACAUCGAUCUUGAAAAGGAGAAGGCGGGCUUUCAGAAGUAG